AUGACAGUCAACGCACAAACAAAAGACAGAGGAGGAAGAUGGAUUUUGGAACAAAAAGCCAAAAUGACAUCCCGUGCACCCAGACUAUCAUUGAAGAGGACAUUAAGGAAGAAACCUGUGGUUGUCUGCUGUUUUUUCACUGCCCUAUCUAUGGUGGUAAUAAAUACUUACCCAUCUCUCCAUUUUGCCAACAAAAUAUCUGACCUUAAUUACCAAGCACCCAGCCGGCUACACGGAAAACUUACUCAGCAAAGAAGACUGUCGAAAAACAUUGGCAUCUUCCCCAAGCAAACAAAUAACUUCCACAGAGAUGAGAAAUUACUACCAAUGGAAAACAGUCAUCUAAAGAGAUGGCAUUCAAAUGUUAAGCCACAUAGCUAUCUGGAGCCACUUAAAGAGUGGUACAGCUAUAGAGAAAUGAAGAAGGCAUUCAACAUGUCAGAACAUCGAAACAAACUUCCACAGAAAAGAUACAAAAAUAGAAAGAUCAUAUCACUGCGAACACUAAAUAGCCAGAUACAGGAAAUCAAGGAUGCUGAGCCGUCUCUGAUUCCAGGACGUCCAUGGAUUAACCCAAUCUGUUAUCAAUCCUCAGUGGACAAGGCCAUUUCACAAGUCCCUAACUCAAGUAAGAACACAACAACCCUGCCUGUAAUAGGUUCAAUUUUGAAUUACUCAAUAGAUAAAAGAGGAAUAAAGUUUCUGCAGACUCAGUGCAAACUCGACAUUCAGAGCAAAUCUAAACAACGAGUUUUACCUCUAUUUAAAACUCCAUCAAAUCAGAGCAGAAUACUCGUUCAAAUGGUUAAAGGCAAUGAAUACAAGGGAAUUGGGAAAGGACUGCCCAUUAUCACCGAAAGGAUAAAGUACCUGGAUUUAUCUUCGAGAAAUUAUGGGAAAUCUGAGCAACGGAGUACAUCACAAGUGAGCAAGAGGAUAAUUGAAUCUAAGAUCUGUAACAGUGUUGAAACCAGCCAUCCAGUUUUAGAGGUGGAAGAUCACAUUACAUUUCAGGAUCCUCCACCCUGGUUUGACUCAAAUGAUAUUGAAAAGAUGAAACUUUUGGCUCAUGGGUCAGUGGUAGCAAAAGCACGGAUACCAGCUCAUGGGCAAGUCAUCAAAAUAGGUCUGAGCUUACAUUCUCCUGUUGUGAUUGAUGACCUUACAGGGCAUUGUCAAAAGGGAUUGUGUGGGAUAAUAAAACGAUCUAGUGACCUUGAUGAAGUUCUAGCUUUCCAUUUGGACAGGGUGUUGGGUCUAAACCGGAGCCUGCCUGUUGUAGCUCGAAGAUUUAAUGAUGCAUUGCUCCCGUACAAGUUCACAGAUGGAAUGGCUAGGCCAGUUGUUUGGUGGGAUACAGACAUUCACCAUCUGAAUGAUCCCAAUAACGACCAGAAUUCAUUCGAGUUGAGUUGGUUUCAAUACCAGGCAGUGCUGCGGCAACACUGUGGCAUCAGUAAAGCUCCUGAGAAUCACACAGUGCCCUGCCUGGGUGUGAAACACUCCGAAUGGGGCAAGUUAGCUCUGUUUGAUUUUCUCUUGCAGGUCCAUGAUCGCCUGGAUCGACACUGCUGCGGUUUUAAUCCAGACUUCUCAGAACCCUGUGUAGAAGAUUUGCUGCAUGAGAAAUGCAGGAAUCUUAAGGACCAUCUGCUCGUGCAUAUCCUGGUUCGAAAAGGAAAUCCAUCUCAACUUGUGUACAUAGACAAUGCAGGAAGACUUCUACAGCAUGAAAACAACCUCAACUUCAAAUUGUUGGAAGGCAUUGAUGAGUUUCCUGCAAAUGUCAUCUCAGUUUUACAGUCGGGAUGUUUACAGAAGAGGUUGCUGAGGUCUCUGCGCAUGGACACUGAAUUCUGGGGCAGUCACAAUGGGAUGAGAGGCCUGAAGAAGCUGGUUCAGGUCAUAGAGAAGAGGGCUCAACUAUUGCUCAAAUACAUCCAGGAAAAUAAUAUCAAAUUAGUUCAGGAAUAA